AAUUUGCGCCAGCAUAAACAAACCUAAAGUCUAUGGCUUAUGCAUCUACUGAAUGUAGCUUUUAAACAUCUAUAACACUCAAGGUAGUUGAUUCUUAAUUUAUAACUUCUACCUUGUAGGUUGAGUCUAUCCUACUAAACUACCAAUGGCAUUGCUACCCGAAACAUUAAUCUCAUCAUCCUUGCAUUUCCACGCUUCAUGGCAUUUUUUUUUUCUUUUUUUCAGAAGGUCUUUUGACAUUGAGAAGGUUCUGCAUUUCCCCACUUUGUGCUGCAUACACGUUUCUACCUUGAAGGAGACCAAUGUUUGUAAGUUUUGUGAAACUCUUGGAGCUUGCUUGGAAUAUAUACAAUGUAUUCUUUUGUGACUUGUUUAUUUUAUCAUUAAUGGUGAAUUGCAAGUCCAUCAUGAACUGGGGGUUGUGGUUUAUUUCUUUGGAUGGGUGCAACUUGAUUCCGGAAAAACUAGUGGGAGCAGAGUUAUUGAAAUGACUAAAACACUCUUAACAUAUGAGAAAAAGAAGUAUGCGUAUGUUUAUUCCCGAGCUUGUUUCGAGAGUUGAUGAGUUAUGCUUAUGAUGAAUCUGCUCACAACAGAGUGAAUUCAAACAUUCUUACAAGUAUGUUCCGCUUCAAUAAUUGCUUUUACCUUUACCAAAAUUCACAGUUUUCAUUUGAUUUUGGAUGUAUUCACAAUUUUCAUAUAUUUCUAUGUACUUUGUGACUAGACUUUGCACCCGACAUCAAAAAGGAAAAGAAUACGCAAGGAUGGAGCCUGGAGGACUUUAGUAAGAGAUCAAAAGCUCGUAAUGCGCGAUUUAGAAAACCGAGAGCAACCGCGUGGAAUCCACCAUCGUGACCCUAUCAAUUCUUUCUCAUAUUUUACAGCUUUAAGGAAGAUGCUACUUAAUCAACCAAGAUAUGCAGAUUCGCCUAGCCACUUGCUCGCAAAGGACAACCACGAUGCGUCAAGACUGUUAGAAAGUAGUCAAAAGGCCAAAGGGUGUUAUAACUCCACUGCCUGUUCGCUUAAAGAAACAGAACAUCGCCAUGCCCGAAAUGGAAGAAGAAGAAGAAGAAGAAGAAGAAGAAGCAAAAGUAAUGUCAGAUUUUCUACCAUACGAAGUUGUAGUCGAAAUCCUCGUAAGGCUCCCAGUGAAGGCAGUCGCGAGGUGCAGGCGCGUUUGUAAAAAGUGGUGUUCUGUGAUCUCCAGCAAUUCCUUCAUCGCCACUCACAUCAAUCGAUCUCUUUCUACAGGCCUUGACAACAGUGAGAGCAGCAGCCUACGUCUCUUUCAGUCCAUAAAAACAAGGAUAUUCGAUUUAGUGAUCUGUAGACAGUUCGAGCACAUCAGUCUGCGUUCGGAUGACGAAUCAUUCGGUAAUAAUAAUAAUUUCAUCGAGUUGAAAUCAUGUCCACUUUUCUGCGGCGAUCCCUGCUAUGGUCAUUCCGACAUAGUGGGAUUUUGCAAAGGGGUAGUCUGUCGGGCUUUCGAUCAUCAUUUUCACUCCUAUUAUUAUGUUCUAUGGAACCCUUCCAUUCAUCGAGCUCUUAGACUUCCACAGCCUAAUAUUGCUAGAGGGAUUCCAGAUUAUGAAGUGAAGAAUUCCCAUGGAUUUGGCUACGAUCCUUCUAGUAAUGAUUUUAAGGUGAUCAGACUUGUAUAUCUGGUAAGGCAUUACAACGAGGCUCAACCGCUGGUUGAGAUCUACACUCUUAACUCUGGCUGCUGGCGUGCCAUUGAUCCCCCUCCUCAAUCAUAUAUUGUCAAGAAGAAUUGCUUAUCUACUUUUGUAAAUGGGGCAUCGCACUGGCUCGCGCACACUCCACCCGAUGCUGCGGCGGGCACCACGUUCCGAAAUGUCAUACUUGCAUUUGAUAUGGGUAAAGAGGUUUUUCACGAGAUUGAAGUGCCCACCUGCUUUGUUCGGGAGUCUCAUUUGAACAUUACUGUUGGAGUGCGUGACGGAUUAAUUUGUCUAGUCCCGCAUAAUCAUAAACAAAGUGAGAAACAACAUUUUUCUGUAUGGGUCAUGAAAGACUAUGGUAUUGGAGAAUCUUGGAGUAAGCUAUUCGAUAUUGAUAUUAGUCUAACACUACUGACGGUGGUAGCCUUCAGGAAGAACGGGGAAGUUCUAAUAUAUAUUAUUACCGAGGAAGAUGGGGAGCUUCUUUCUUACGAACCAAACACGCAACAAGUAACUCAUCUGGGAUUCCAUAGAUCUUCAUACGACUGGGACAGAUGGGAGACACAUUAUGGCGCGGGGGCCUUUUUCAUGGAGGCAUACUCAGAGAGCCUUGUUCUACUAAACGUACCAGAUGCUGUCUCGGAACGAAAGGAAGAAAGGACUAGGCCCUAAACUACGCGGGGAAUGGCAGCCAGGGACUAGAAGAACGUCCCAACUACCAUUUUCCUAAAUGGUAGAUCAUGUGCCAAGACCAGGAGUAUCGGCAGAGGAUUGCUUGGAGGAGAUCAAUUAGACCGUAAUGUAUUAGUGUGGAGCUCAGCACUUCGAUUGCUCCAGUUUAUCGAUGGGAUCAUGGCUAUCUUAACCAAAUUGCUCGAGCUACUCAAUGAGCUAUACUAGUAGUUAUAUUAGUUAGUUAUGUAAUUAGAGCGUUGUCUCCAAUACUUAUGAUGUUACAGUCCUUUUAGACUAAUACUGUAACUUUUGAUCACUAGCUAUCUUGAGUUUAUGAAGUAUGUUUGUGAUGUUUUGGGAUA